AUGAGGAUUUUUAGACCGUGGAGACUGCGCUGCCCUGCCUUGCACCUGCCCUCACUUCCCGUGUUCUCACUCAAGUGGAGCUUGCCCUCCCUCGCCACUGACAAGACCAUGUGUAAAAGUGUGACCACAGGUGAAUGGAAGAAAAUCUUCUACGAGAAGAUGGAGGAGGCAAAGCCGGCUGACAGCUGGGACCUCAUCAUCGAUCCCAACCUCAAGCACAAUGUGCUAGCCCCAGGCUGGAAGCAGUACCUGGAAUUGCAUGCCUCAGGCAGGUUCCACUGCUCCUGGUGCUGGCACACCUGGCAGUCGCCCCAUGUGGUCAUCCUCUUCCACAUGCACCUGGACCGCGCCCAGCGGGCGGGCUCGGUGCGCAUGCGCGUCUUCAAGCAGCUGUGCUACGAGUGCGGCGCGGCGCGGCCGGACGAGUGGAGCAUGCUGGAGGAGAACAUCGAGAGCCUGGUGGACAACCUCAUCACCAGCCUGCGCGAGCAGUGCUACGGGGAGCGCGGCGGCCAGUACCGCAUCCACGUGGCCAGCCGCCAAGACAACCGGCGUCACCGCGGCGAGUUCUGCGAGGCCUGCCAGGAGGGCAUCGUGCACUGGAAGCCCAGCGAGAAGCUGCUGGAGGAGGAGGCGACAACCUACACCUUCUCCCGGGCUCCCAGCCCCACCAAGUCGCGGGCCGAGGCGGGUUCUGGCUGCAAUUUCUGCUCCAUCCCCUGGUGCUUGUUUUGGGCCACGGUCCUGCUGCUGAUCAUCUACCUGCAGUUCUCCUUCCACAGCUCCGUCUAA